AUGAAACUUCUGUCUGUUCUAGCUGUUUCCGCUCUGGCCGGCCUGUCAGUGGCUGCGCCGACAAGAGUUGAGGAAGAGAAGCGUGUGGUCUUGGACAAACGUGCCGCUGUCACUGAGACUGCCACCGUCGGUUAUGCCACUCUAAACGGAGGCACAAGUGGGGGCAAAGGUGGACCGACUACUACUGUGAGCACAUUAGCUCAAUUCACUGCUGCCGUCGCCGAUGAUACUGCUCGUAUCGUUGUUGUAAGUGGCACAAUUUCUGGCACUGCGGGCCAGACGAAGAUCGGCUCCAACAAGACUGUUAUCGGCAAGGACAAGAACGCAAAGUUGAUCGGUAACGGCGUCUUGGUUAAGGGGAAAAAGAAUGUAAUUAUUCGUAACCUGACCAUCCAAAAGGUUUUGGCUGCAAAUGGAGACGCCCUUGGCAUCCAAACAUCUCAGAACGUCUGGAUUGAUCACGUCGAUCUCUCUUCGGACAGAGAUCACGACAAGGACUACUACGAUGGUCUUUUGGAUAUCACCCACGGUGUUGACUACGUCACUGUUACGAACAGUUACAUUCAUGACCACUGGAAAGCUUCUCUCGUCGGCCACAGUGAUAGUAACUCGGCGGAAGACAAGGGACACUUGACGGUGACCUAUGCAAACAACUAUUGGAAAAACCUAAACUCACGCGGGCCUUCAUUCCGUUUUGGUACUGGCCACAUCUUCAACAAUUUCUAUGAGACCGUCAGCGAUGUCAUCAACACUCGCCAGGGCGCUCAGCUGCUCGUCGAGUCCAAUGUAUUCACUGGGUCCAAGAAACCUCUGUACUCGACUGACGCUGGGUUUGCCGUGUCGAAAGAUAACGACUUUGGUGGGGAGUCCAAUACAGCACUGGCUGGGACGCUCAAUACCGUGCCAUAUACAUACAAGACUCUCGGGUCUGCCAAUGUCAAAGCCGCUGUUGUUGGAACUGCCGGUGCGACUCUCAAAUUCUGA